UUAGAUGUUGUGAGCGGUAAUGUCUAUGAAAAAGAAUGUAGACAUUAGCAAGUAUACUCAAAGAGUCGUUUUUUUAAAAGGACAAGGUGAGAUGUAUAAAUCGAAAAAGUCUAAGGUAUCGUCGAAAAUCAACAUAGAAAAAUUUCUAAAAGAAACGGACGAUGUUGAGUUGUUUAUAGGAAUUGCUGGAGAGUGUCGCAAACAAGAGCUGGCCGAUUUGGUUUUAGAUGUUAAAGAUGAUGGCCAAGUAUUUUGUAUUAACAUUCCGUACACAAAAACCGAUGUUUCGCGUGAAUUUUAUAUAGUGCCUGGAGGUUUUGAAGGAAUAAAUAUGAAAGGGAGUUUGCAGUAAACAGUCUGUUGGCAUAAAUACCUUGGUAAUAUGCUACAGCAACCAAACAAAAAAAA